AUGCUUCAUACGAAAGAAAGGACUCUCACGAGAGGCCGUAGAACCCUAACCACAAUGGCUGAGAACCCGCAAGUGGAACGCAUACGCUCAAAUGAGGGUCAACAUCUAAGGACACCAGUGAUGGGUUUGAGAGCAGAAGCGAGACGAAUUUCUUACAUUAAAAACAAACGGUUACGACGGAGCCAGUCAUCGUGUUCAAGGCGUUCAAUUCACAGGAAGAAGAGCUGGUUCCGCCUUUUACGUGCGGAAGGAUUUUACUAUAAAUACGAACCUCAUAGCACACUCAGCACAUCAGCAGCAACUAUGAACUUCAUUUACUUCCUCUUCGCCCUCAUUAUUACUGUCGUCCAGAGGUCCCACUCCAUGUUUCCUACCGAAAUGAAUGGUGGUUACAUGCCCUACGGUCACCAUAUGCCCUACGGGCACCAUAUGCCCUACGGGCAUCAUUUCCCCUACGCACAUCAUUUCCCUUACGCUCAUCAUAUGAUGCCCUACCUCGGAGUUGUAGCCGCGCCUGCUCCUGUAGUACACGCUGCUCCGGCGGUCAUGCCCUACCCAGUGAGCCAUCACCAUCCUCAAAAAGAACUACUUAACGUGGCAGGAGCUUUGGAGCGCGAGAAGGAGAUGCUCACUGAUGUCUCCCUUCGCUUGCCAGUCAACAAAGCAAAGCAAGCAAAGAAGAACCUUUAA